AUGUUAUCAUCUGAUAAUAAGUUCUUGUCGCGACUAUUCAAAUUAAUAACUAUUUUUGGAAUAGUUCUGUACAUUAUAAUUUACAUCUUCUUUAACAAUGAUCCAUGCUGCACUGAGCCAACAUCGUUGUCUAGAUACACCGAAUUAUCUCCAUAUCAUGACACCAACAUUAGCCAUUUAGUUAUUGGCAUUGCAAGUUCCUCAAAGUCAUGGAGACGUAGAAAACCCUACAUUGAAUCAUGGUGGAAGCCUAAUGUGACACGGGGCUUCAUCUUCCUUGAUAGAGCUCCGGAUGAGCACCUUCCAUGGCCAUCUUCUAUGCCCCCCUAUCGGAUUUCAGAGGACACUGCGAGGUACAAUGCAUUUAAUAUGCACAAAAUGCGGUAUGUCAUCCGUGUAGCACGUGUGGUUGAGGAAACAUUUAAUGCAGAAAAUGGAGAUGAUGUGAGAUGGUAUGUAUUUGCUGAUGAUGAUACUGUACUUUUUGUCGAUAAUGUUGUGGAAGUAUUAAGAAAGUAUGAUCACAGCAAGUAUUUUUAUGUUGGGAUGCCUUCGGAGUGUGUUGGCCCCAACAUUAAGCUUUCGUUUAACAUGGCCUUUGGAGGUGCUGGUUAUGCUUUAAGUCAUCCUCUGGCUAAGGCAGUCGCGAAGAACUUAGAUUUGUGUCUUAAAAGAUAUCCGACUUUGUAUGGAAGUGAUGAGAUCAUCUACUCUUGUAUUGCUGAUCUUGGAGUUUCAUUAACUCCAGAAAAAGGAUUUCAUCAGAUUGAUUUAUAUCAGGACAUAUCUGGUUUACUCUCAGCUCAUCCACAAUCUCUUGCUCUUUCGCUUCACCAUCUUGAAGGACUACGCUCUAUAUUUCCUUCCAUGAAUCGUACUGAAUCAGUGAACCAUCUCAUGCAAGCAGCAAAAGCCGAUGGAUCAAGGCUCCUACAACAAACCAUCUGUUAUCAGAUGCACAAAAACUGGACUUUCUCCGUCUCUUGGGGAUACUCCAUUCAUAUUUACGAGGCAAUUUUACCCACUAGCAUCCUGCAGGUUCCCUUGGAGACAUUUUCUCCUAUCAGCAGAAUACGAUGGCCCUAUAUGUUCAAGACUCGACGUGUACUAAACAAUUCUUGUGAAGCUCCACAUGUUUUUUUCUUACAUUCUAUAGUAACACAUGUGGGGAAUCUCCUUGAAACGGUCUACAUCCGGAGUUCAGAACAUAGAUUAUCUACUUGUUCAUCUAGUGGCAAUCAUACUGCAAACCAUAUCUCUGAAAUCCGAGUCUUAGCACCCGUGAGAAAAGAUUAUGAGGUGAGAUAA